AUGGAGCAUGAUGAUCAAUUUUUUCCAAAGGAAUUGGAGACUGAAAUCCUGUUAAGGUUGCCGGCGAUAUCCCUUAUCCGAUUCAAGUGCGUAUGUAAGUCAUGGUGCUCCACCAUUAACAGCCAUUCUUUCAGUACCCAACUCCUAUUCCAUCAAAACGACAACGACAACAACAGCAGUAAUCGUUAUCUCCUCCUCGAUACCACCAAUUUCCCUUUGGGAAAAACUACUCGCAGGCUUUCUUACCACACACUUAGAGCUAUGCAGACACUAUGCCCUGCAAUUGACCCUAAAUUAGGAAAAAAUUACUAUAUUGCCUGUGCGUGCAAUGGUCUUGUCUUGUUUCGUUAUUUCAAUAUUGAAACCAAGUGGGGCCUAUGGAACCCCACAAAUGGACACACAAAGCUUCUCCCCCCAUCUUCCUCGCCCGAUGCCUUGAAUUUGAAGAAAAGCCAUAAUGAUAUUUCCUAUCGCAAUGUGGGGUUUGGUUUUGAUAUCAAAACUAUGGAUUACAAGGUGGUCAUGAUAUACAUGACCGGUGGCACUGUUGUGUUGGAGAUGUACAGCUUAAAAUCAAACUCUUGGGCAACUAUACCAAUUUCUUUAGAUGGGGGAUUAAUAAUAAUAACAAAAAAACAUUGUCAUGGUGUUUUUAACAAUGGAAUGCUUUCCUGGAAAGCAAUUGAAAUAAGAUACAAGGAGGGUGUUCAGGAUCAGUAUGAUGGAUUUCGCCAUGUGAUUAUUUCACUAAACCUGAGCUGCAGUGAGACAAUAGUAAUAACACCCUUGCCACCUGGUACUCGAAAUCUUCCUUUUGGCAAAUUUAAUUAUCCUGUGCUUUAUGAGGAGUCCCUUGCUCUCGUUGAUCAUCUUUUCAGUCCUGAUCGCUCAGCAAAAAGUUUUGAUAUAUGGGUAUUGGGUGAAUAUGGUGUCAAAGAGUCGUGGAAGAAGCUAUUCAGUGUUGGACCUCUUCAAGACGUUAAGCGAAUAUUGGGAUUUUGGAAGGAUGGUAAGGUUUUUAUUGAGACAUUUUAUAAGGCCAAGUUUAUCCGUGAUCAAGUUCAAAACAUCAAUUUAUUUGAAAAUGAGCUGCUUUUGCUUGACAUUGCUACCCGACAAACAACAAGUCUUCAAAUUUAUUCCGAACGAGAUUUUGAACAGAUGUUUUACCUAUAA